AGUCGGAGCGGAUAUAAGAGCUGUACCCGCCCGCGGUGUGUAGAGGAGAGUAACCAGGAGCCGCGGCGGAUUAAUAAACAUUUAUAUUAAUAUUAUUACUAUUAAUCUGUUUAUUAACCGGAUUCAGAAUGUCCGCUCAGAACGCGCUGAACAUGAAGCAGCCGCCGAUCCAGUCCACCGCCGGGGCGGUUCCGAUCCGCAACGAGAAAGGUGAGAUCUCUAUGGAGAAGGUGAAGGUGAAGCGCUACGUUUCGGGGAAGCGUCCUGAUUACGCUCCGAUGGAAUCGUCAGACGAAGAGGAGGAAGAUUUCCAGUUCGUUAAGAAGGGAAAAGAGGCGGAACAGGAAAUGGAAAUGGAGGAGGAGGAAGUGUCGGACCCUCGUCUUCGGCGGCUCCAGAACCGUGUAUCAGAAGAUGUUGAGGAAAGGUUGGCGAGACAUCGGCAGAUCGCGGAGCCGGAGCUGAUCGCAGAGAGCAGCGAGGAUUCAGACGAGGGGACCUGGCAUCCCGAGCGAGAGGAGAGCAGCGAAGACGAGGAGGAGGAGGAGGAGGAAGUGGACGAUGAGGAGAUCGAGAGGCGGCGAGCGAUGAUGCGACAGAGAGCGCAGGAGAGGAAGAACGAGGAGAUGGAGAUAAUGGAGGUGGAGGAAGAGGGGAAGUCUGGAGAAGAGUCGGAGUCAGAAUCGGAGUACGAGGAAUACACAGACAGUGAGGACGAAACCGAGCCGCGAUUAAAACCCGUCUUCAUCCGCAAGAAGGACAGGGUGACGGUGGCGGAGCGUGAAGCUGAGGAGCAGAAGCAGAAGGAGCUGGAGGUGGAGCUGAAGAAGCAGGCGGAGGAGAGGCGGCGCUACACGCUGAAGAUCGUGGAGGAAGAGGCGAAGAAGGAGUUUGAGGAGAACCGGCGGACGCUGGCUGCUCUGGAGGCGCUGGACACGGACGGGGAGAACGAGGAGGAGGAGUACGAGGCCUGGAAGGUCCGAGAGCUGAAGAGAAUCAAGCGAGAUCGAGAAGCUCGUGAAGCAAUUGAGAAGGAUAAAGCCGAGAUCGAGAGAUUCCACAACCUCACUGAGGAGGAGCGGCGAGCCGAACUCCGCAACAGCGGCAAACUCAUCACCAACAAAGCCACCAAAGGAAAAUACAAGUUCCUGCAGAAAUAUUACCACAGAGGAGCGUUCUUCAUGAAUGAAGAGCAGGACGUUUAUAAGCGGGACUUCAGCGCUCCCACUCUGGAGGAUCACUUCAAUAAAACUAUUCUACCUAAAGUCAUGCAGGUGAAGAAUUUCGGUCGAUCCGGACGCACUAAAUACACACACCUGGUGGAUCAGGACACGACGUCGUUCGACUCGGCCUGGGCUCAGGAGAGCGCUCAGAACAGCAAGUUCUUCAAACAGAGAGCCGGAGGAGUGCGGGACGUGUUCGAGCGUCCCACCGUGCAGAAGAGGAAGACCUGAAGUCUCUCUGAUCAUCUUUAAACCAGUUAUCUCAGAUUAAUCUGCAGAACUGUUUUUACUCCUCUCUCCCCCUAAAUCCCCCUGGUUUAUUUGUUUGUGCUGAACUGCAGUUCCAGUGGGAAGAAAAUGGAGGUUUAUUAUUUUAGUUUUGUACAUUUGAUUCAUUUUCUUUAUAGAACUUUUUUCUUCUGAGCAGAAAUGUGUAAAAAUCGUACAGCAUCGCUAUUCUUAAUAAACUACUGUGACAAAUUCA